UGUGCUGCUAGGGAGGAGGGAGGCAAUGUGCUUUGGAAGAGGCUUUUUUUUUUUCCUUCUGUUUUCAUUCUCUUGGCUUAAGAAAAACCUAUUAAUUACAAGCUAAAUAUUUUGAAGAAGAGCUUGUAAGACUCGCCUAAGACACUGCGCCUGGCUGUGGAAGGAAGGAGACCGCUCAGGGGCGGUAAAUGGAACAGUGCCUGAAGCAGGUCCACCAUGCCGUUAGUAACGAGGAACAUUGAGCCAAGGCACCUGUGCCGUCAGACGUUGCCUAGCGUUCGAAGCGAGCUGGAAUGCAUGACCAACAUCACCCUGGCAAAUGUCAUUCGACAGCUGGGCAGCCUGAGUAAAUUUGCAGAGGACAUAUUUGGAGAGUUGUUUACUCAAGCCAACACCUUUGCCUCUCGGGUGAGCAUUCUAGUCGAGAGAGUUGACCGCUUGCAAGUCAAAGUCACUCAGCUGGAUCCCAAAGAGGAGGAAGUCUCCCUGCAAGGCAUUAACACCAGGAAGGCCUUCAAAAGCUCCACUACUCAGGACCAGAAGCUCUUUGACAGAGACUCUCUCCCAGUGCCUGUUCUUGAAACCUAUGGGACCUGCAAUACUCCUCCACCUCUCAACAUCCUCUCCCCUUACAGGGAUGAUGGCAAAGAAGCACUUAAAUUCUACACAGAUCCUUCAUAUUUCUUUGACCUUUGGAAAGAGAAAAUGCUUCAGGACACCAAGGAUAUUAUGAAAGAGAAGCGGAAACAUAGGAAAGAGAAAAAGGAGAAUCCGAACCGAGGAAAUGUGAACCCACGGAAGAUCAAAACUCGGAAAGAAGAGUGGGAGAAGCUGAAAAUGGGACAAGAAUUUGUUGAGUCAAAGGACAAACACGGUCCUGCUGGGUACCCCUCUAAUAUGGUAUAUCAGAAUGGCAGCAUCGGCUCAAAUGAAAGCAUGGACGUGAACUGCUACCCGCCACCACCACAGACUGACUCUAUUGUGCCACCACCUCCUUCAUUCCCAGAUGACAGCCUGCCUCCACCUCCGGUGGAAUUUAGCUAUCCAGUAGACAACCAAAGAGGUUCUGGCUCUGGAGGGACCAAAAGAUCCAGCCUGGUCAGCCCAAGUCACCCGCCACCAGCUCCUCCGAUCGGAUCUCCCUCUGGGGCCAGACCAGGCUUUGCUCCCCCACCGGCUCCACCUCCGCCACCGCCGCUGAUGGGAAGCAGUCCUCCCCCACCACCUCCCAUGGGCUUCCCAUCCCCGGGAACCCCACCACCACCCUCGCCCCCCUCCUUCCCUCCCCACCCUGAGUUUGCUGCCCCACCACCACCUCCUCCUCCUCCAGCGAUGGAAUAUGUGAGUGUGCUCCCACCUCCGCUGCCCCAGACAGGCAGUGGGAGUGCACCACCACCUCCUCCACCACCGCCGCCUCCUGGCCCACCACCUCUGACUUCCAGUGGCCUGGAUGGUCCCCCAGCCCCUCCUCUACCCUCAGACACCUCCACCUCCAAGCCCAAGUCAUCCCUGCCUGCAGUUAGCGAUGCCAGGAGUGAUUUGCUUUCAGCUAUUCGUCAAGGCUUCCAACUCCGCAAAGUGGAGGAGCAGCGGGAACAGGAGAAGCGGGACGUUGUGGGCAAUGACGUGGCAACGAUUCUGUCACGCCGCAUCGCUGUAGAGUACAGCGACUCUGAGGACGACUCUUCAGAGUUUGAUGAGGACGAAUGGUCGGACUAACCAUGGUCCCAUCCCCACCCCCUGCCCUUCCCUCCUGGGUUUAACACCUUCGAGAACCAGGUGGCCAAACCUUCCAUGUCUUCCUUUUUCAUCCUGUAACCAAAGAUGUGCCAAGGGUUUUGAGACAAGCACCAGCAUAUCUCCCCUCUCCCUUCCCCUUCAAUUUUGGCAGGACUUUGUGCUCUACCUUUCCAAAAGGUUUCCUCAUGGACGCUGAGGAUGACUGUUGAGUUUUAGCUGGAGGGCAUGUAAUGGUUGCUUACUUAAGAGAGCUAAAUCUCCAGCUUCUCAAUCCACCAGGCAGAGCACACAAAACCGCUCCAUCUUAAGGGUCUUUUCAAAGUAAAGAUGGAUGAUCCUGUUGUGGCCACAUGGCCUUUCAGAUGAAGGACAUUUUCAGCUAGUUUUCUCAUUGUACCAGCAUACAGUAGAUGGAACUGGUUCUUCUUUCCCAGUGGAUGCUGGUAGUGCUGCAAGAAAAUGGGCUUUAAAUGUCUGUUCUCUGCUGCAUCCCACUGUCAAAUGAUCAUUUUUAGCAACAAUGCACAAUUCUCUCCCCCUUAGCCCCCAAGUCUUCUCAGACUGCCCUAUGUCAGAUGCACUUCCUAGCUCUGGAGUAGAGCAUGCGUUAGGUGCAAUGUGAGGAGUAGCUUUUAAAAGCUACCUUUACCUUCCUCAAAUCUCCUGGACUGCUUCUCCAAGUCUGCCAAAGGAGACUUGGACAAAAGGAUGCAAAGCCCAGGCAGAACGGUUGCUUGGCUCCCUGCUGCAGGGUGAGCAGAGCCCAGCUGGGAGCUCUCUGUGUGGUCAGUGCUGAGCAGUGGCAAAACUUGGCUUAGCUGAUUUCUCCAAUCCAUGCUAGGAGUGUUUAAAAAAAAAUGCUGAAAGCAGAGAGAAUGGGUGGAGAGGGGUUCUCUGAACACCAGGCACAGAAUCAGGGUGAUGGUUACAGGUGAACCUUCAGCUGGGGCUGAAAUGCCUUAAGGUCUUUUUGGCCUUUUCAGGACAGUGCUGUGGUCAGUUUGGAAAGAGGUGCUAGAGAUGCUUUUCUAGUGGAGUGACUGUGCCCUUUACAUAGGGACUUGAGCAGCAACAGAAAAUGCUGGUAUUACCCUUGCUGCUUCCUCUCUCCUACCUAAGGAGAGAAGUGUUUGUGCCUAAAAACAUCUUGUGUGUGAACUGAGUUGCCCAUCAGUUACAGCAAGCGUAACCUACAUCAUCUGCUUCCCAUUGUUUUGUUAUUAUAGUUCAUUAGUUUGAUUUUAAGAAAGUAUUUCUUCUAGCUAACCAUACAAAUUCCUGGGCUGCUCACUACAGAUACAGUACUGGAAGGGGGAGAAAAUGGGGAACUUGAACUAGCUGACCUAGGUUUUAUUGCUGUUUUAUAUUACCUUACAUAGAAUAUUAGCAUAUCCUGGAAGUCUAGAUAAAAAUACCCCAAUGCUACAGAUGUGCUCUUCAUAUUUUAAUUUGGACUUGACUAACUAUCUCAGUAUGAUGCAAGAAAGCAAUUCCAAAGCCUUUUGGAGAUGAUGGGCCCACCUAUUGUGGGAUGGGACCAGCAACAUGUCCCAUUGCGACCAACUCUCCAACUGCUUUGCCUUUUCUAUUGUAAAGUAUUUUGCCAAUUUGUGCCUGUUCAUCAUUUUUCUGGCCUGCCUCAUUUAAUGAUGUUGCUGAUACCUGGAAUGCCAGGUCCAGCCCAAGGCUGCCAGGUUGCUGAAAAUCUUUCUUGGGGUUUGAUUGAUGGUUUUCGUUUGCGCGGUUGAGUUCUUACUGAUUUCUUGUGUGUGUGUGUGUGUGUGUGUGUGUGUGUGUGUGUGUGUGUGUGUGUGUGUGUGUUGGAUUGUUUUUAAUCUUUGACAGAGCAGAUAAUGGCCUGGAGGAUAGGCUCUUCUGGAGGGUGGAUCAAGCUGAGAUCCAGUUUGACCCUGAGCAUCAUCAGGAGAGAUUUGCCGGACCUCUACACCAUUAUAUUUUGUUAGGAAAUGAGCUGCUAGGCAGGAUGCAAAGGGCAUAGACAGUGAGGCAUCAUGAGGCUCUGGGAACAUCUGAACAGUACUGGUUCCAGGUUCUGGAACAGGGAACAAACCCCUCAAGUGCCAGUGAGCACUGGAGGGAUUUGGAAAUGCAAACUGAUUACUGCUGGAAGCUGGGUAAGGCGGGGCAGAGGAGAAUCACUGGCUCUGUUCUGCUCUUUCUGUGAGCAUUCUUCUCUGGCUUCUCUUGGAGACAGGUUCCUGGGGUAAACAGACCUUUAAGCUAACCCAGGAUGACAGCAUUAUCACACAGGGAAGUGAGGAGCUCACAAAUGCCAGACCUGGGUUAAUUUUAAAUUGCCUUAACUAGACUUGGCCCUGGUUGUGAAAGGGGAGCGAGUGUUCCUGUCACGUGAAAUUCAGAAAAGUGCCAUAUUCUCUGUGACCCAGAUGGAUGGUCUGUCAGGCUGGGCCAUGCCUCGGGGUGGAAGGGACGUGGUUACCCCACGCGCUGCCUGUUGCACAACCGUGCUGUGUGGGCGAUCGGCACGGCCAUGGGUGGAGUCCGGUCCUCCGGCUGGCUCCCCUGCUCGCAAGGCCCUCUUGGCAGCGGGAGGAACGCUGCUUUGUCUGUGCAAGUUUGCCGUAACCACCGCGUGCUUUCAAACUUGCAUCCUGAGGUGAGAGUCAAAGCUGCUGGAUCCUAAGCAGAGGGGCUGUGGACAGGUGGGGAGGGUUUUAUCUCCUUUGAUCGCAAAAAAAGAGCAUGAGCCUAGGUUGGAGACUCCUGAGAAACAUCUCGGGUAAAAUGGCAUUCUGUGAAUAUCAUUGCAAAAUUGUAGAGCACUGGGCCACCAAGUAAGCUGAGUAUUUCUUAAACCAGUAGGGGAAGAGGAGAGGUGCCAAAAACAACCUUUGCAAGACAGAACAGCUGUGCUCUAACGGCAGGGCUGCUGCUCCAUGUAGGCCAAGGGCAUGUGCCGGCCUCCCCUGCCAUCUUUGUCGUUUCGUGCGUUAGCUUACUCCUUCCUCCCUUUCUGUGCAAGGCUCUUGGGUACGUUCCAGCUGCGUGGCACACGCUGGGGGAGCCCUGGGCGUUUCACGAAGCCACAGAGGGAGCUGGAAGCUGGGCUUCUCCCCCCUCUGCCUGGCUGCCCAGGGUAGCCCCUCUAUUUCCAUUUGAGCCCAGACCCGGGUCCGCGUGGCGGUGCAGAGCAGCAGCAGCCGUUUUACCUGUCCCAGAGCCGCUUGGGCGUGCUCCUUUCCUCGCGGCGUGCUGGGGCAGGUCGCCGUUGCCUCUCCUGCCUGGCCCUCGUGUUCCUGGUUAAACAUUCUCCCGGUGUCCUCGCCCGCAGCGCUCGGCUGCAGCUCCCGGCAGCCUCUUCCCCCGCCGCCCCUCCUUUCCGCGCUCGCAGGAAAAGCCUCGUCCCGGCUCCCCGGGCUCAGCCCAGAGCCUCGUCUGCAGCCGGUGACCUUCACUGCUUUCUCCUCUCCUUAUCAGACCCAGAGCACCAGACCGGAUCGAGGGAAGGGGCUGCUGGAGGUCCCAGAUGACGGAGAAACUGUGCAGUGUGUCAUUUCGGGGAAAGGAUAUUUUCAGUCUAUGAACUUAUUUAACGUGCCUCUCCUGGAAGUACCUGCCCUUGACGGGCCCUGUGGCAGGGAGCUGGCUGCGCAGAGCCCGGCAUGGGGCAGGCGUGGGAGCCUUUGCAGCCCUGCUUGCAGCUGCCUUGGGUCAGGUUUCAUUGCUGUUAGUUUUUGAGGGGUGCUUUUUUUUUUUUUCUCUCUCUUUCUUUUUUUAAACAAAGCCUUGAAGUGGGAAGUGGAUCCAAUUUUUUUUAUGGCUGUAUUAACAUUUUAAUUCACUUCAGAAACUAACCUAUUUCUCUUCCCAACUAGAAUGUCAUAGAAUUAGGCAAGCUGUAGCCCUCCUGAAGUGCCUUAUUUUCUUACAUGAUAUAUUUAUAAGAGUAAUUAUUCCACUUGUGUCUUAAGGGUUUAAUGCUGACCAGAGAGGAGAAGGUGGGAGGAGAGACAGAAAGUGCCCUCGGCCCCAGCUGCGGGGUCAGAAGGGUGGUGGGGUCUGACAGACUCUCUCAGGGUGCAGGGGGUUACUCACUUUUAGGCCAAAGGAGUUUCAGCAGUGAAACUGUGCUAAAACCUCACAAGCAAAAUACUGUAGCGACCGCAGACACUGGCACUGAGGUCGUUUCUUUUUUUUUUCCUUCCUUCUCUACCCCUGCAAAGUCAACACAGAUGGCCAGACUCUGCUGCCUUGUGUACAUGAAUGCACUGGGAAUAAAGCUGCUGCCUUUGGUGGAGUGGGGCCCGGUCUGUACCUGUACAUCUAGAUGCAGACUCUGCUGUCUUCUGUCUUCCCUUGUAAUGUCUGUCUGUAUUUUUUCUCUGUCGGUUGCUGUGUGUGCCAGGCUUUCCUGCUGCUUUUUUUUUUUUUUUUUUAAUAAUCGGCUCAGUCUCCCCUGGAUGAAGAUCCCAACUGAAUUUUUUUUGUGAUGUACUUGUAAAAAAAAAAUUUUUUUGAUCUUUUUUUAAAACUGUAAACUUAAACUUGAUAAAAACCUUUCCAUCCAA